AUGCGCAACAUCUCCGGCGAGCUCGUUGACUGCCAAUAUUAUGUUUGUUAUUUAGCGCCAUUUGCCAAGGUAGGUUUCAAGGGUUCAGUUGGGGUUUUUUUUGAAGUUUAAAUUUGGGUUUCAAAGAUCUGUGGGUUGAGAUUUGGACAAAGGAAGAAAAAAAUGAAAUUUUUGUGUUUUGAAGAUUUUCAUUGCCAAAAAAAGAUGGUAGGGAGAGAUAAUUAAAUUUACGUUUGUCUGGGAUACUCUAAACAACAAGAUUUUCUAAUUUUAAUUUUUUUUAUUUUCUUUGUCCAAAAUUGAAUUUUGAAUAAAAAAAUAUUUUCUAGGCCUACGAUCGGAUUCAUAUCCCUUUAUCGACAACGAUAUGCGUCUUCGGCUCCAUUUCCAAUAUUGUCAACAUUCUUGUACUUACAAGGUAAGAUCAGCCCUGGUUUUCGAUCACAACUUUUUCUUGUUUCUUCGAAAUUUUUUAAAAUUAAAAGGCAGUCAGAGAUUGUCUCCGGCUCUGUCAAACAUCAACCGAAACGCCCGAUGUAUCUUGAAUAUACGAUUUGGGGAUUAAAAACAUAAGAAUUUUUAAGAAAUUUUCGAAAUUAACUUAUUGUUUCCCCUUCAUAAAAGAUGUCAUCAAUUUUUAAUACAAGUUUGUAAAAGGACAAGAGUAAAAAAAGACUUACAAUUUAAAAUUAUGAAAACAAAAAAGAGAGAUAAAAUAACCUUGCAAAAUUUUUCUGAUGCGUAUUUUCAGGAAAACUAUGCGCACUCCCAUAAAUAUUUUUCUGACCGGUCUCUCAAUGGCUCAAUUUUUACUGGGGACCAAUUACUUGGCAUUGAUGGUAUUCGAAUACUUCCGAUCCCAUUGGUGAGUAACUAAUUAGCCGUUAAUUCGCAAUUAUUGAAUGGCCUUUAUCCUUUCUACUGUCAAGAUUUCUUUGCAGUUACGUAUUUUCCUGGUCCUAUAGAGCCACUUCAUAUCGACUGAUCAAUGUCAAUCUCAACGUGGUCUUUCAUACAGGUAAAUAUGGGUGUUGUUUCGCAAAAGAAAUGUUCUAAGAUCGACGCAGAAAUUUUGCUGAAAAUGAGGAAACCGCCGACUGAAAACCGUUUUUUUCUCUGACCAAUACUCCCGAUUCACCACACUCUUUUGCAGCGAUCUUUGAAUUUCUCAUUUCUUCUUACAAACCGCAAACUAAAAUUUAAAGAUUUGUGGGCAAACAGUCUCAAUGAAACUGCUUAGGGCACUUUCUUCGUCAUACUUUCCCGCCUCCAAAAGCACAAACCUGUUUGUCAACACCCCUUAGAUCACGAUAACCUCUGUGUUUUUCGUACCUUUGUGACUUUCCUUUAAAAUUUUCUUUUCAGUAGCCUUUGCCCACACCCUCGCCGUUGCUCUUUUCCGCCUGUUGGCGUUGAAAUGGCCCCUCCGAGCCAACCGAUUCCUCUUCUGCAACACGUGGGCCCUUGCAUGUUCGUUGGGGAUAUGGAUUAUCGUCCCAUUCCUUUGUAUCCCGGUGUUUUUGACUUCAUAUGUGGCGUUGGUGGAUGAUAAUCGAGGAUGCAACUUCAAGGGGAUGUAUGAUCUGACCUAUUCAGAGGAUUCAUUUCUGGUCUCGGCUGUGUUUUGGAUGUUUGGCAUUGUCCUAAAAUUGAUUCCUUCGCUAAUCCUCGCCUUCUUGUUGACUCUUCUUAUACGGUAAGUGGCUGAGGGCUUAAGAGGACGGUUUUACCAUAAAUAAUAUAUAACACUGAAGGGAGUAGACCAACCCAAAAUUUUUGAGAUUUGGGUGGAUUCGGCUCUAAAAAACAAAGUUUUAAAAACUCUGGUGUGGAUUCCAAAAUUUUCAUAAAAUCUGUAGAAUCCCUUAUUUCCUGAGUCACUUUCACUUUGCUGCGAUUCCCCGUCCAAAAUCCGAGUUACUGUAACUCCUUACCCAAGGUCCGAGCUUUUUGGAUUUACUUUAUUGUCUCUGAAUAUAGCAAUUACAUAGCCCUUUAUACCUUCAUUACAAUGAAAGAUAAUCCCAAAUUACUUUGACCGUAUUUUAGAUCCCUCGAAACAAUGGAGCAUCGUCGGCAGGAUACGUUGCAUCGGAAGAUAUCCGUGUUAAGACGGUGUAACAAUCGGCCCAAAACCACGCAUACUUUGUUGGCUAUUCUCAUCCUUUGUUUCGUUGUAAGUUUUUUUCGGAAAUUGCAAAAAUUAGAUUUUUUAAUUUUUGAGCACAAUAGUAUAGUAAUAGUUUUAAAUUUGAAAUGUUAGUCAUCAUGGUGUAGACUCUUUAUGGUUAUAAUGGAAAUAAAGAAAUUGUGAGAUUUUCAGUUAAUCCAUGCAUUUUAUUGGCCCAAUUACAUUCGUCCUUUGUUUGAUGACUGAAAAUUCUUGACCUCUUUUGGCAUGUAUAAUUCUAACCGCUUAAUUUGUUUGGGAUUUUUAAAAAGUAACCCAAAGGUUGCAUAUAUACUAUUUCAUGAGAGCUUAAAAAUAUUAUAAAUAAAUUUAUGAUGUUUACAAUAAAGUUUUCUUUUUUAAUUUCUUAUUCUCUGUUGUAAUUUCUAAUCCCAAUAUUUUCCAGGUUGAAUUUCCCCAUGGAAUUCUAAACCUUUUCACAGCCAUAUAUGGAGACAAGUUUGGAGUCCAUAUCUACGAUCAACUUGGGUCUUUCAUGGAGAUGCUGACACUUUUGUACAGUUCAAUCAGCUUCAUUUUGUACUGUGUCACCUCCAACGACUUCUUGCGCACUUUCCGACAACUCUUCUUGAAUUCCAAAAAGAGAAUCGAUGAAAGUUCGAUAAAAAGGAAUUCGAGGACGGGCAGUAAUAACGUUACGAGGCCCAUCGAAUCGAUGACUUUGAUCGCUCCGAGAGGCCCAUAUCCGACUAUUGUGUUGUCGCGAUCAAUGUGA